AGGGAGGGUGAAAACUGCCAUUGGUUCGUGUUGGAAUUUCCGGCACUUGUAUGUGCAAUGGUUUUCACAAGUAAUCGAUCACGUCGUUUGUGAGAGGUCGCGGUGGUUAAAUUGACUGCACACCCUCCACAAACAAGGACCAAGUGGCUGUUGUCCAUUGGGGAACGCUGAACCGGUGAUUUCAUGUUACUUCCAUGAUGCCUUCUUUACCCAGAAGGCCCCGCACCCCAGAACUCACCCUAUGUUGCAGGCGAUAACAAGUGCGCAGGCGCGGAGAGACCCGGACGUGGUGCGGUCAAGAUGAGGAUGCGGUCCGUGGACAAAAGGCUCCGGAGGAUCGGCUGCAGGUGGAACGAGCAGAAGAUUUGUGUUGGGGAAUCUCAAACUCAGCCCAUCAGAUCCGCAGUGUCGUUCAGUUCACCAGCACCUUGCGAGGGAUUCACUGAGCUGACGAGACGCCUGGGAGUUCACAGCAUGGAGACAUUAUCCACCAGCUCUGAGUGUGAGCAGGGGUCCACUCAACCUCCCCACCUGGUGACCCACCAGCAAGAUCACGCUCUGGGGAAACCAUUUGUCUGUCCCGAUUGUGGGAAGGGAUUCACUCAUGCAAGCCAGUUGAAGAGGCACCAGCGAUUUCACACAGAGGAGAGGCCGUUCACCUGCUCCGAGUGUGGGAAGGGAUUCACUCAAUCGUAUACGCUAGUGAGACACCAGAGAAUUCACACCGGGGAGAGGCCGUUCUCCUGCACUGAGUGUGGGAAGGGGUUCAAUCAUUCCUUUGCAUUAGUGGCGCACCAGAGAAUUCACACCGGGGAGAGGCCAUUCACCUGCUCCCAGUGCGAGAAAGGGUUCAUUGACUCGCCUGCAUUGGAGAGACACCAGAGAACUCACACUGGGGAAAGGCCGUACCCCUGCACUGAUUGUGGCCACAGAUUCACUCUGUCAUCUGCGUUAGUGAGACACCGCAGACUGCACACUGGGGAGAGGCCGUACACCUGCUCCGAGUGUGGGAAUGGGUUCAUUGACUCGACUGUAUUGCAGGCACACCAGAGAACUCACACUGGGGACAGGCCGUUCAUCUGCUCUGAGUGUGGCAAGGGAUUCGCUCAUAUGAGCAGCUUGAUGACACAUCAGCGCAUUCACACCAGCGAGAAGCCCUUCAACUGUCACGAGUGUGGGAAGCGAUUCACUCAUUUGUCCACGUUAACGAAGCACCAGAGAGUUCACACCGGGGAGAGGCCGUUCAUCUGCUCCGGGUGUGGGAAGGGAUUCGCACAAUAUUCCCACCUGAUGACCCACCAGCGAGUACAUGCCGUGGAGAAACCAGUUGCCUCUCCCAACUGUGGGUAGAGUUUCACUGGUAAAUCUAACCUGGUGACCCCGCAGAGAAUUCACACUGGGGGAGAGGCCACUCACCUGUCUCAUGUGUGGGAAGAGAUUCACUUGAUUAUCUGAGCUGUUGACACCAGCUCAUUCACGCUGG